GUCGCCAAAGCGUUAUUUUAGGCCCCGGCUGUCGGCAGCGCGUGCUGUACAGUAGGACAGCUGAGCUUUAUUUUGCCUCCCAGCCGUGACACCACUGUAGUGCAGUUGGACCUGACGUCUAACAUCCACAGCAUCACACACUCCAACCAACCGGUCACGGCGGCUUUGCACGUGAGUGGCGGCACGAGCAGUCAUGACUCAUCACUGUGCUGAGUCAUGAAAACUCUGAACCUGCUUCCGCUGACAUUGGCCAAGAAAUGGAACAAACCAUGGAAGUGCUGGCAGCACCAAUAUUUAAACAUUCCUGGUUCACCACAACAGAGCCUGCCAGGAAUUGCUAAGGCUGGUUAGCAUGGCCACUGAUGACGACAGAUAAAGAGUUUUCCUGGAGCGCUGUGGAGCCAACCUGAGAGUGGCGGAGGAGUUGCUGAUGCAUUUCGAACGGGACGUAUGUGAGAGGAGGAAAAUAAAACCAGGAAGCAAAAGAUCAAAACGAAUCAGAGGGGACGGCAAUAAGAGCCGCUUAUGAAAGACAACUCUGAGCAGCGCCCAGGCCGCAUCCUUCAUCCUCUCACCGUGCCACAAAAUCCCCAUCAAUCUCUGUCACAAUCCGUUCUCUUUUCCUGUGAGCCAUCCCUUUAUUCUCCCCUCCUUCAGAACAUAGCUGAACCCCCUUCUACAGACCAGUGAUCCUUGCAGCAGCAAACAACAACAACAAAAAAAAGAACAAGGGGUGACGAGACAAGCUGUCACUAAGCACAGGAGGGACCCUGACAGCUGCCUCUCACUUGAGCACAUGGGCUGUUAAUGAACAGAGAUGGCGGUGAGACUGGCCGGUGCCACCCUGUCCUCUCGACCACCCUCCCCCCCUCCGACGGCCUCUGCCCGGACAGGUUAAGGUCGGUCCAUCGGCAUCCAUCACAGCAUCCGCAGCAGCUGGCUGAGCGUGGGAAGGAGCAGUAUGCAGGAAACUGACCUACCAGCUACAAAUGCCUUCAAAGAGUGCAAGUUCCACUGCACCAACGGGAAUUGCUUGCGUCUGGGCUCGCUGAUCUGCAACCAGCUGAAUAACUGUGGGGACAACAGCGACGAGGAGAACUGUCCCGUGGUGACCCAGCACCCUCCACCUGGAAUCUUCAACUCUGAACUGGAGUUUGUUCAGAUUGUCAUCAUCAUUGUGGUGAUGACAGUGAUGGUGGUGGUGAUCAUCUGCCUGCUCAACCACUACAAGCUCUCCACCUGGUCCUUCAUAACACGGCAGAGCCAGGCCCGCAGGCACGACCACGCCCUGCAGCAGGAUGGCUGUCUGUGGCCUUCAGACAGCGGAUCCCGACAAGGUGCCUCAGAGGUAUUAUACGCUCCCCAGGCCAGGGAUCGCUUCACUGCUCCCUCCUUCAUGCAGCGCGACCGCUUCAGCCGCUUCCAGCCCACCUACCCCUACAUGCAGCACCAGAUCGACCUGCCGCCCACCAUAUCGUUGUCAGACGGCGAGGAGCCCCCACCGUACCAGGGGCCCUGCACGCUGCAGCUCCGCGACCCCGAGCAGCAGAUGGAGCUGAACCGGGAGUCGGUGAGGGCGCCGCCCAACCGGACCAUCUACGACAGUGACUUGAUCGACAUAGGGAACGGCAGCAGCCUGGUGGGGGCCGGGGGGGGCCUGGGAGGAGGGGGCCCGAGGCCGCCCAGCAGUAACUCUGGCAUCAGCGUGGCCAACUCCUGCAGCCACGGGCGCAUGGAGGGGCCCCCGCCGGCAUACAGUGAGGUGAUGGGCCAUUUCCCAGGCUCCACGUUCUUUUUACACCAGCACAGCAAUAACCAGAGAAUAGGGAGACCAGGGGAUCCGGGGGGACUGGGGAGCAGGACGAUCCAGCAGCAGGGCCAAUCAGAAAGCACAAUAGUACCUGCCAAGGCCAAGGAUGGCCAUCCAGAGGACCUGGUGUGAGGAAAGGGGGAGUGGGGCAGGCGGGGGCCAAGCACCCCGGACUCAGCACCGUCUCCUAUGUUUACGGCUGACAUGGAAGCAUCGGCCUCUGUAUCGCUCUGUCGCUCUCAUGUCCUCUCUCCACACUCCCAUGCACAAACAAAUCUCGAUCCGAGCUACAGCAAAACAAGGAAGGAGAAACCCAGAGUUGAUUUAAUUUCACUUUCUAUCCAGCCGGCACCGCUGGAGAAUUUUGAUUUCCUUCUUCUCUUGGAGAGAGAGAGAAAAACUCUAGCUAGCACAGCCUUUGGGUUUUUUUCAUUCGGUGAAAGCUCUACGAUGGGGACGGGGGAGAAAGUUCCUAUUUUCUUUUGUCUUUUUGAUUUGCUUUUCGGACCGGGAUCUGUGCACAACGCGAGAACUGAGAACCCAGGACAUACAGAGAACACAACAAAAAACAGAACAAAAGACUCACAAACCCAAAUCUUAGUGCCAAGGUUCACGAGGAAGCAAAGCAAAGAGGGCAAAUAACAUCUUCUAACAUUCACAACACAACAAAAAGAAAAGUUCCCUAAAAGUUGCACUAUCUCUUUUGUCGUAAGAGAGGAGGGACAUGAUGUCAUGUGAUGCUGAUGUUUGUGUUUUCAUUUUAUUUUUGUUGCAGGGUUACUCUUUGCUUUUUGUUGUUGUUGUUUUUUUUAAAUCAAGGGUUUCUUUUCAUGGAUGGACUGAACGACUGACUGAAAUCUCGCUCCAAAGUUGUCAUAAAAAAAAAAAAAACUAGGAAAAAAUUGAACAAAAACUAACAAGUAUAAGCUUAUCUCCAUCCUUUUCCGAAAAGCGCAAGAAAUCCUUGAAUCCAGCCUAAAACAUCUGUUCACACAACAGGCACACUGAAACUUAGUAAGAGAAUAACCGUGUACUGCUUUACGUCUGCUUCCUAAUCGGGGAGAGAAAUCUGUCUUGUGACCAAGCAGUGAUGCUUCUUAAAAUCUUGACUAAAAAGAUGUUAGUCAGUUCAAAUCUUGAACUUGACCAUCGAUUUAAACCAAGCUUAAAGGGGCAGUAUUAUGUAUAAUCGACUCUUAUGAGCUUUGCGUCAUGCUGUAACGUUAUUCCCUCAUCAAAAACAUACCUGGAGUUUUGCCUUGAUUCUUUCAUGAGUGUUUAAGAAAUUCUUUAAUCUCCACGGCAACCAUUAAGCUAGGCAAAUUUCCAGGGUGGACCUAGCUCUGCCUUUGAGGACCAAGCUCUUCCCAGUUUCAGAGGUUCCGCCUCACAGAGCAGCCGACUCCCCAACUCGGCUCCUUCAGACUAGCCAGCAGCAGUUAGCAAGCAUCUGGUGGAACUGCAUAUCUUCUGAGCUCAUUAUUGGUAAAAACUUUGUUAAAGGAUUAAUAAAUGAGCCAUGUUGUGAUGACUUCCUGAAGGUGGAAGUCAUCACCUUCCACCAGGACAGGAGUUUUUAAAGAGACAAAUGCCCAAUUUCAAGGUGUUAAGUUAAAAAAGUCAAAUUUCUUUUAAGUCAUAUUUGAUAUGUACAGCAGUUUUCUAAGAACUGAAAGUAACAUAGUUACUGGGUUGUGCUAUAAAAUGGCGCUGUGUCCCUGAAAAACACAUAAUACCGCCCCUUUAAAACUGUGUUUUGACUCUAUGGGGUAACAUCAACGUGUGUUAGGUUUUAUUUGGCGUCUUGGUCAGAGGAGGUUCUUCUCUCCAAACCUGUCCUGUUCUCUGAGCACCUGACCCUUUUCGACCCGCACAGUGCAUUCUGCCACAUGGAUCUCAGAACCCUCCCGCAGUUCUGCCAACCAGUAGAAGGCUCAACGCUUGGUCUUCACAUCAGCGAUGCCCCCCCCCCCCCCCCCCCCCCCCCCCCCCCCCCCCCACUCCCCUCCUCCCCAACACACACACACACACACAACAAAAAGAUCAAGUAAAGAUCGCUUAAAUAAGGAUUCCACAAAAAAAACUGACUGUGGUUGAAGUCAAAGGGCUACCAGAGGGUCCUUUUUGAUAAACUAGAAAAUCUAGCCUUUUUUUCACCUCAUUGUUGCCUUCAAUCUCUGCUGUUACGCUUGCUCUAUCUCACUUCAGCACAUUUCAGUGCACCUUCUUCCCCCUCCACUCCUGCCCUGCAAAGAUAAACUGCUCAUCGCCCAUCCUGCCAUUUGUGUGCAAAGAUGAUGCAGAGUCAGCCAAGCCCUUUAAAGCUGAGACUGGAGUGGAGUCGUCGUUUGGCAGCAUGCUGAUGCAGUCUCCUCCUUGCAGUACGAGUGUGUCGGCGUGUUUGUUGCUCAGACCCUAGGCAACACUGAAAAGCACUUAAAGCUCCUGCAUGGGUAUUGUAUGUGUGCAUGUGCGUACAGCUGAGUGAUUUCUGAUCUGACUGGUUAGAGUUUUUAACAUUUAAAUACAUGUUUGUUUUGUUUGUUUGUUUGUUUUCUCCUGUGUGAAGAAAAGCAUUUCUUAAAAACCCAGGAAUGGACGAGGGUCAGUAGCCAAAGAGACGCAACAGGUUCUAGUAACAUUCACAAAGUUAGCUUCAGAUUCAGUUUCAAGCUGCAGCAAGGUGUCAACAAAUCUCCUGACAAAUUUACUUUCUGACCAUUCCAACCCACUCAGAUCUGGUGGAAAUAAAUUCAGAUUUGCAGCGACAGAGAAGUAAUGACUCACGGUAUCAAAUAUCAGUUCUCAGAUCACGUCAUAUUUAUCUAAUUUGCUCAAUCUACUAUCAUACAAGCUGCGUUUCCAUUGACCAUAAAAAAAUGCACAAAUUGAAAUAACGUAAAUAAAUUCUCUUAAUUGAAACUCAUUAAUUCUGAAAAAACUGUUUUUCGAUAAAAUGUUUUAGCAUUAGGAUGAGGUGGUUUUUCAGCCGUAUCAGAAUAGAUGUAUUUCGCAGAACUGUAAUAGAAGCAGUUUAUUCCCAUCACACAAGUCACGUGAUCAACAGCCUGAUGUUACUACUGGCUGAAAUGACAAAUAAGAUAACAGGAAGUGGUAGGAGGAUGAUGGUUUCUUUUUGUUUUUUUCCAGACAAUAUGCAGCUGGCUCCGCUACAGCUCUCGCAGCGUCACACAGUUCAUAAAGAGUUGUGUGUCAUUCCAGCGUGUUUAAUUUAAAGCUCUUCUGUAAACACACCAACUACAUAGUUGCAUGUAUAAGUGGUUUGCCGCUCCAACGCCUGUAUAAGACACUGGCGUCUCCUAUGAUUGGCUGAUAGAUUAGCGCUAGCGCCAUGGCUGAAUUAUGAACAUAUUUCAUGUUUACAACCCUCGUUGCCAUGGCUUAUCACAUGAAUAAACUUCAUGUGUGAUUCUAAUUUCCUAUUUAAUGGAAAUGACAGAAUGUCAAAAUUUAGGGGUUUUUUAUAUUAGCGGAAUAUAGACAAAGAUUUGCUCAUGUUUGUAAUGGAAACACAGCUAUUUUUGCUUCUAUUGGCAUGCAUGUUUCUGUCUAACAUCAAUGUUCCGCAAUGUUUUUGUGUCAAUUUUGAUACAUCCCUAUGUAAAAUAAUGUAUGCAGAUUGGGCUAUAUGGUGUUCAUUACAGUGUUUCUUCUUUUCUGGCAGAUUAGGCUGCUUUUACCUUGACAUCGUAUUUUAUUGUUUUCCAUUCCUAAGUGAUUCAUGCUGCUGGCAAACUUAAAAGUUGCUUUCAUUCAACCAAGAAGUUUGAUCUGAAUGGAAGCAGGAAUGUCGAACCGCAGACCUCACCGUUCGCUUACGAUUCAGAAGGCCUCUUUAUCGCAGUCAUCAACUUACUAUGAAAGUAACAUUACACACAAUCGUAUAGCUUUCUCCCCUUCACUAGUAUCUAAGAAACCAAAAUGUUUUAGAUGAAAAACUGAUCUUAAAUGUCUCAGACAAAAAGAUUAAACAGAACACAUCAAAACAAUGUGUACCCUGUGCUCUGAAUGAAGGAAAUGUUAGUGGAUCUGCACGUUUCUACCUACCAAACAUUUGUUUGAAUCACUAGAGAAAUCUCUGUUGGUAUUACCGCAAUCAAAUCUUAGAAUUUCUAUUCUGGUAAUAUUGACCAGUUAAUAAUAUUACUUCCAGUUAGAAGAAACAUUUUCAUUAACUGAAAAUAUUAUCUUAAGAGUAAAUCUACCAAAAACUUAACUAAUUUUGAACCUAACUCUGUCUUGGUGGUCUUUGACUGCCCCCUGUUGGUGAAGCACUUCAAAACAGUGUCACUGCAAUAUUAGAUGCACCUGAAGGCAACGAAGCUGAGGAGCAUUAUUACCCUUAUGAUAGUGAUAGUUAUAAUGUAUCUACUUCCACAACUGAUAAACAAGGCAGGUAAAUGUAGUAUGAUGAAGGUUUUCAAAUGUUUGACAGUGGUUCUCUCUAGAUCCAGACUUUAGACUACGACUUUUUCUUCUUUUUUUUUUACCAAAUAGAACUUUUUUACCAACUACAAUUAGAUCAUCUUUAGUGAUCUAAAGACUGCUAUUGCCGUCCAACAGAUCUCUUCUCAUGAGAAGAGAUCUGUUGGACGGGUCGGAGAAUAUAAAAUAUAAAGAGGCUGAAUUAAUUUCGACACUGUUCUACCCCCCAACAUUGAUUUGCGUUGGGUAGAGACGGAGCAAACACAUUUCCAGGUGCAGUAACACCUUAGCUUCCCUGGAGUUCAGCCAUCGGCUUCAGCCUCUUUACAGUUUAGUGCGACUCGAGCAGUACAGAUGCAGUGAGAGUGAAUUAGAAAUAUCAAACAAACAGAAAAUGUGCCUGGAAGUCCACAUGUUCCUCCACAUUGCGUUUUUCAACCUCCCCUUGGUCUUAGCGCAACGUUCAGGAGGAGCGCAGCAGAUGACACAGUCGGACAGCGGCGAAGCUGUCAGACCAUCAGUUCCCAAAACCACACAGAAAAAAACUUGUAAAAGUGCGAAAAGCUUGUGGGGUUCAAAUGGCCCCUUCUCUUAAGACCGCGGGAGGGUUAACCUAAAGCUAGAUUUUAAGUUCUAACGUCACAAAGAGGGACGUUUGGCUCACUUUGGGUUAAAGCGCCUGAAUCCCUUCUAAUUCAGUGUGUUUGAAUGUACGUAUGCAGAUAUUCGGCUUGUGUCUUUCUGCUUGUAGGGGUGCGCGUGUGUGUGCUACUACAUCACUGCUGCUAUUGCUGUUGCUGCUACCACUGUCUUUGCUACUGCUGCUUCUCACAUCCCUUCCUCAGCCAGCCUUCCUCUGUCUUGUCCAUCCUUUCCUCCUCCACUCAUCUGAAGCUUAGGAGAGAAAGCUGCAGUGAACCCCACAGGUACCUGGGACUCCCGGUACUUUUGGUCUUAAGCUGCAGGGAGCUGCUUCACACUCAAAUCUCUUCUAUGGUUUUCUUCUUUUCUUCCCCUUCCCGCCCUUCUUUUUUUUCUUUUUUUUAGCUUGUUCGUACUGCGCAGUCAUAAGCUUGUAAAUGGAGGAUAAAUAAGAUAAAUUUUAUGUUUUCUACAAGGAGGUUUGCAUGUUACUAAUAUAUGAGUAAAUACGGUGCCUAAUGUUCAUGUUUGAGCAGACCACGCCUCUGUCACACUGCUUCUCGGGAUCCAGGCAGGCGCCGUCUCCGGUCUGGCGGAGUACAGCUGAAAUGUUCACGGUCCUUCCAGAAUCAUCUAUUUCUGGGCAAUCAAAAGCUUUCUGAUCUGAAUCGGAUCCCAAAUUUCAUCUGAAAAAGUCCAUUCGGAUGUCAAUCAAUCUCUCCCCCCCUCCGCCUCGUUCUCACCUGACAGCACCCAAAGGUAUUCCGAGCAGCACUGUAACGGGACUGUGGAGCAGACAUAGGAACCCACUUGCACUCAAAAAGCUCCCACCUUCGUUGUGCCUCACUUCCAACGGUGCUUUUUUCAGUAGUCUGUCUUUCUUUAUGUUUGUUUGUAAGGUGCUGUAUAUAACUUGAAUAUAUUAUGCACAUAUCCUACCCAAUGGGUAGAAACCACAAAAAAGAUGUUGUGAAUAAUGUAAUAUACUGUAUAGACAAUAUAAAAAUUUUAAGAGGGCAACAUCGAAUUUGUAAAUGCCUACAGUUAAAAA